AUGAGCGAAACAACGUCUAUUGAGAAAAUCAGGCUGCUGCAAAAAUUCCAAUACGAAAAAGUACUAAAGGAGGAUACAAAGAGCAAGAUAGUAACACUUUACGGCUACAUCGAGAAUAAGGUCGCAUUGGUGCUAUUGGAAAAGACAGCUUUUGAUUUGCAUUGUAUUAAUCUUCAGGAAAUCCCAAAGUAUAUUCAGGAAACUCGACUCGUGCAAAACAACGACGUUUUCCAUUGGUACCUUAAUACUUUCCUUCAAAGCAAUGAUCUCCCUUCUUUGAAAACUACUUUGAUAUGGCCUGCUGCGGAAAAUCAUAUUCGAAAGUACUCGGCCCAGAAGCGCAGAAUGGUUCGGGAAACUCCAGAGAUGUAUCUUCAAAUUGUCAAACCGUUUAUAGAAACUCAACGGGGUCCUCAAAUUAAAUGGGUGAAGAACAUUCUUGAUCAUGUGGCUGAAGCAGAACGUAUAGUCCUAGAAGAUUGUGAUAAAAAAACUGGGUUUCUUGUUUUACCGGACUUAAAGUGGGAUCGACAAACUAUGUCGUCCUUGAAUUUGAUGGCUAUUGUCCACAGAGAUGACUUAGCAAGCAUUCGGGAUUUGACUUUGGAACACUUAGACUUGUUAGAAAAUGUCCGCUCUCGUGUGCUUAACGAUGUUCCAAAAAAGUUCCCUGUACAUAAAAACCAGUUAAAGCUAUUCGUUCAUUAUCCUCCUUCUUACUAUCAUUUGCAUGUUCACAUUAUGCAUGUUGAUCAUGAAACUGGCGAAGGGUCAUCAGUCGGACGUGCUAUCCUUUUGGACGAUGUGAUCGAAAGACUGCAAAGCUGCAAAAGUGGCUAUGCUGAAAAGACGUUAACUUAUGGUAUUGGGGAACAGCAUUAUUUGUUUAACGAUUUAACAAAUGCUUCUGACUAA